AUGCACCUUCGUUUCUGUCUUACUCCUACUAUUCCCCACCUCGCCCGCAUUUUUCCAGCACGGCAGGGCAACCUCAAGCACUACAGCGUGCGUCUCCGCUCCUCCCUUCCCCUCGCCGCGUAUAGCGGGGGAUUCUCGAUCUUCCCGGGCUGGGCGGCGGAUGACGAGCAGGCCGGAAACGCCUCCGUGCCGACCGCCCUCAUGGCCACGCCGACCACGCUCGCGGCGGAAGCGCGGACCAUGAUCGGGCGCGGAAUCCCCCGGCGCGCGCGGCUGACCAUGGACAACCCGCAGAUCCGCGCGCACGCGGAUUUGCUGGCGUAUCAGCAGAGCCAAGUCGCCGCUUCUGUGGGGCUUUCCGUUGACGAAAUCACAUACAGCUUUAAGCACGCGCUGCACGGCUUCGCGGCGUUGCUGACGCCCCGCCAGGCGUGGCAGCUGCGGCGGCACUCGGCCGUGGCGUCCGUCAUGGAGAGCCGCCAGGUGCAGCGCCUCACCACCGACUCGCCCACCUUCAUGGACAUGAGCGGUGAAGGGUCGGUGUGGCCCAGCAACGGCGGGCAGAGCAGUGCGGGUGACGGCACGGUGAUUGCAAUCAUCGACUCGGGCAUCUGGCCGGAGCAUCCGUCGUUCAGCGACGCGGGUUUCAGCUCCACGAGGCCUGCGGGGUGGACGGGAAAGUGCGACACGACAGCAGACUUCAAGUGCAACAACAAGAUCAUCGGUGCCCGUUCCGUCUACGCUGCCGUAAAGAAACAAUACGGCAAAGACCCGGACCUCACUGCUGAUUGGCUCUCGCCUCGCGACGUAGAUGGACACUCCACCUG